AUGUUCCGUGGAUCACGUCUGAGGAAGGGGGACGCGCCAACUGUUACGUUCCUGCCUUGCUCUUCGGCGCAUUGUACGGAACUGCUCGCCUCAGAGAGGACAAGAUUGAAUCCGCUCCAUCCGCUUGAAAAAGCCAUGCUUUUAGGCGAUCAAACGCCCGCAAAGGAGAAAUACUCGUACUGGCACAUCGUUCAUAUCCGCGAAGGGAAUACGAGCACGGCGUCGUCCAUGUCGUGUGCUUGUCAUCGAGAUUCGCGGCAUUGUGCAGUGUUCUAUUAUCAUUGCAUCCUAACGCGAACGGUAGUCCUGCCUGCAGAAAUAGAGCCACAUGAUGCUCACUUUGACUUCAAUGCCGCGACUGGCGCUACUCGGAACUCCGAUGUUAAACUAUCACCUCGAGCAUUCGAACAAACGUCUCGCUGUUCUGUCGGCUUCUUUCAUAGUUGGCUAAAAUUGAACAUUAUCACCGCGGCGAGCAACGAUAUGGAAGAGGAGAUAAAACAAGCAAAAAGAUUGAUAAAAGCGAAGCGUUAUGUCGGGCCCCAAAGUCCGAAUCCCCUCGCCACCAUAACAAUUACUUAG